AUGGAAUUGAUCGAAAGAAAGAGAAAAAAGCUUCAGGAAGUAAGAAAAAUGAAAGAGGAAUAUGAAAAUCUACAAAGGAAGAUCCGAAAUUCGCAAUGUGAGUAUUCCACAAACACGUAUGGCCAUACUCAGCAUAGCAGAUUUUGCAAUAAGUGUCGCUUAACGCAACAGUGCAAUGAUAUGAACAUUUGUAUCUACGAGAAGGAUCUUCCAGACGAGAUACAUUUGAGAAACGCCAUAGUAUUUGAGCUAAAGUUGCCCGAAGGAUAUGGCUACUUAAGAGAUGCAUUUCAUAUUUUGUGUCAAAUGCAACAACGAGUUUUAGAAGAUUCCACCGAGAUAUAUUGCCGAUGGAGAUCUUCCUUUGGUUUAUCAGAAUUCACAUCAAACUCUUAUUCUCCAAAAUACGUUACACUUGCAAGUACUGUAAAAAGCUUAACGCAAUCGCAUUACAGCCAGAAACAUGUCACAUAUUCUGAAGAUGCAUUUAUUCAGCCCAAUGCAUGUAAUGUAUGUAAUGUAACAGUUGUAGCAAAUAAGGCAGUGUUGAUUUAUUCUUCACCUCAAAUUGGAACAAAAGAUUUCUAUUUUCCACUUGAAUCGCCAGUGUAUAAAUCUCUAGAAUGGACAGUCCAUAGCUGUGCGAAUUCUCACAAAGAAGUACUUGCAAAGCAGAACACAUGCCACACCAAUCUUAGCCUCUCAGAGUUUAUUGAAUUUGGAAUUUUACGGUGUGGCCACCGGUUACAAUUACAUAACUUUGCGAAAUGUUUGGCCAACGAGUCUCUUUCUUUUGACACACCGGAUGUACAAAGACUGAUACUUCAAAGCUUAUGGCAAGCAUGUAGUAACGGAGAGACUAGUAGUGAUUGGUUUCGAGAAGCAAACCAAAGUUUAAGAAACGACGAUUUUUCUUUGCGCUUAUUGCAGUUAUUGGAAGCUACAUUGGAAAAGUACAAGGAAAAUUGGAAGUCCAUUUGUAUAGCAUGCAUGAUCAUUUGCUCUACAUUGAGAAUUUUACAAAUUACUGAUUCAGCAAAGAUCCAAAAAGAUUGUCUUCAAUUGGUAGAGACUGUAAGAAAAACAACACGUCACUGGUCACAACAAGUAGAGGACUUACUUCCAAAGAUGAAUAAUGCACCAACGAGUGAACAGAAAGCAAUGAGAAAUCAUUUGGUACAAAUUUGUUGUUGUACUGUAAUGACGUACGGAGUACCUCCUCAAUAUGCUUCUUUGAUAUUUGAAAAAGAUCCGAACGCUUUGCAAACAUGGCUCCAAUCGCUCACAAUCAUACAUGAUAAUAUGCUGCUAAACAAAGGAACAUCUUAUGGAAGUUUUAUGGCCUUUCUACUUCGUCAAUACUACAUGACAUCCCAUACUAUUGAGAAGGUUAUUCAUGAUGAAAUCGAAAAAGAUUCAACAGCACUAUCCAAAUUUGUAAUCUCCCACUGGAAUGAAGCCAGUAAGGGAGAAUUACAAUCAUGGAAGCAAUACAACAACCAGGAAGCGCAUUCCAGAUGGUAUCAUUCGACUUUAACAACUCAUUGUGGGAAAACGAUUAUUGAAAUUGAUGUGUUAAGGGGAUCUUUUUUGAUUGAUGGUGCUCCUGUUGGACGUCUUCCUUCUAUCGUGACAAGACAUCCCGAUUACACAAGGCUUUUUUCAAAUUAUGUUUUUGAUGUACAACCUGGAAGUUUAAAAGGAACCUAUGUGACAAAAUCUCCGAUCAGUGGAGCUUACUACAAAUUUAACAAAUUUGGAGAUUGCGUCGAGAUCAUUGAGAAUAAUUCAAAGGGAGAGUUAAAACUAUUUUCUGACACCUUUUUUAAAACAGAUUUGCCACAUCAUUUUGUGAACAAUUACAGCCAUUGGUUUGACUCGACAACAAAUUCAAUUUUGUUUCGACCAAAAAGUUUCUUUGAUCCUAAUUUUAACUCUCAAGUGGAAUAUGUAUUGAGCCUUCAAGGGAAUAUAUUGACUGAAACUGCUACGGGACGCAAGUUGAUGGAUGUUCAUGGACAUACUUUUCGAGAAAUUCUAAAACCCGUGUCUCGAAUUGAAGAUUCUUCCUUCAUCCAUUUAUUCGUAAAUGCAUCUCUGGACGAAAUAACACUAGAUUUACCAAGAAAAGGAUUACACUUUUCUUUGGUUGAACAAAAGUAUAUGAGAUCUAAAGAAUUUGAUAUGAAGGUAAUCGAGCACUGCAAUAUUGGAACACUCAUUGGGCUACAGAGUGGCAUAUUACUUGAGUCUGAUAAUUCUGACAGGAUUAUCAUUGUCCCGAAUGGAGACAUUCAAGUGUCAAGCACAAGUGAAGCUAGCCAUCAAAGAGUACGCAUCAACAAUGACACCCAAUAUCCUGUCAAGUAUUUUGCAUAUAGAGUCAAUCGUUUACUCUGGCAAUUGGAGGGUGAAGAUAAUUUAUCCUCUUGGUUGUUUUUGGCUCUUCUUCAUGCUACCACUUCUUCUGUCAUUGAAGAUCUCUUCACAAAACAAACAGGAACUGAGUCUGCUUUACGUAUUUUGCACUCUUCUCGGGCAUGGCAGCAACGGCCACUGCAAGAAUUUGAUUUGUCAUUAUUACUCAAAAUAGCUGCCUUAUCUCCUGAAAGAAAAUAUUAUCCAAAACAUUUGCGUCAAAUGGAAUAUGUCACAUGGCCAAGAUCCAUUCCAACUAUGGCUGCUCAUGAUGCAUUCGUCAUCAUAGCCUCCAAGAUUUAUGAUUAUUCUCAAUCAUUGGCAUUUCUAUAUCCACAACCACUGGCUGAGGAUAAAGAAACGGAACAUCCAUUUCCAACCUUACUAUUUCUCAAUGAAAGAGCGUACGAUCAAUCAAUGAACAAAUACAAUAGUAAUGCUUGGCUAUCACGUGACCUUUACGCUAGAAAACAAGAGAGCAAUUUUAUCUUUGCUCCAACACAUCGGCCACCGUCACAAGACACAUCCGUUCGAAGGUUAGCUUGGAGCUCGAGAACGAAUCAUUUGUAUGCAAAGGGAGAUGUACAGUACGAGAUUUAUGGAAGAAUGAAAUGUUUGUCACCAAUUCAAGAGCUUCCUUCAAUUGUGGAGUGGUCUAAUCUCAAUGACAUUCCUCCUCACAUUUUAUCUCUUUACUACAUGGCUGUCAAGAAAAACAAAACUUUUGUUACAUUUCUUAUUUCAUAUUUAGGAUACAAAUAUGGUAGUAAUUAUGAAACGCUAUUGGCAUAUCUGUUAGCUAUUCUAAACAAUGCUCAAAAGUUUCCAAAACCAUUGCUGUCCACACCAGAAAAAGAUAUUGAAAAUGUAAAAGAAAUUACUUUGAAAGAAGAAACUUUGAAAAAACACUUGAACGACUGGAAGAAGAGUUUUGACGAAGCACCUCACUCUUAUCAAAGAUAUAAUGAAUCAGAAUCAGACUAUCAAUACCGUUUAAGACAAGAGUACGAACAAGAGAUACAGUCAAGAACAAGCAGAAUGUUAUCAAUUAUUAGAAAGUGUUUUGAUACUUUUAAAUCCAUAUCGUACAGUCAUAUUUCUCUUCAUUCUCAAUAUUUUUCAUUGCAAAAUUUACUCACGAAACUCCAGGAUUACAUGAAAAAAGUUUGCGUGAAUAUAGAUUUAAAAACAUGGUUUGACAAAAUCAUUGAAACACUCAAGACCAUUGUUCCGUCUACACGACCUGAACUACCAUCUUUGCAUGACAUUAGAAUUGAAAAAUGUGCAAAAAAAGAAAACUUUAAUAUUCUUACGUACAUGUACAAAAUUAAGCAGCAUUCUCAGUCAUCACUGAACUCGGAUGAUCUUCGAAUGGCAAAACUGAUAUUCAAGACUGGUAAAAUUCCUGAUACUUCACUAGACAACUUUUUCACAUCAAACAAUAAUGCCUUGUUUUUGGAUUAUAUGGAAGAGCUUAGAUCGAGUUAUCAAUGCAGUAGUCGCGAACUCACAAGCGAAGAACGUGUAUCCUCAAUGCUUGAAAAAUUAUGGAAAUUAGUGGAAAUGCUUUAUCAACCAUGUAAGAGGUCAUCAUCAGUAGCAUUUUCCAAAGCUGGAUUGUGGCCUAAAUUACAUCCAACGAGAAUCCUCUCACAGCUCCUAUUUGAGAAGAAGAACUCUAAGAAUCCUUUCUUUCAUAGGGAUCUUGUUGGAUCGAUUGCUGUAUUGUUCACACACAAACAACGUAAUAAGAGAUUACAAGCACUUUCUGCAGAUGAAAACAAGAAAGUUCAAUACGAAAGAGAGCUCGCAAAUACAGGACACAAAAAUUGGCAACCAAAUAUGCAUCCUGAAUGGCUCGUAUUAGAAAUUGAAAUGAAUAUGAUGAUCCGCCCUACACAAUUUGAGGUUGCUUCUAACAUGAUGAAUUGCGAUACGAACAUGGUCAUGCAAUUCAAUAUGGGAGAAGGUAAAACAUCAGUAAUUAUCCCAAUGCUUGCUUUGAAAUUGAAUCAUGGCCAGCUUUUUCGUUUAACCGUGUUGAAACAGCUUCUAAACACCAAUUAUACGUCACUCGUUUUCAAGUUGGGUGGUAUUUUGAACAGAAGAGUGUUAAUGAUUCCUUUUUCAAGAGAUACAAAAUUGGAAUCAAGUCAAAUCGAUCAACUGAAACUAUCUUUGGAGAGAUUAAAAGAACGAAAUGGUGUAUUGAUCACAGUUCCAGAGUAUAGAUUAUCCUUUGAACUGAAGGGUUUAGAAAAAGGUUUACAAUCUCAAUACGAACUGUCAAGAAAAUUUAUUGAACUUCAAGAUUGGAUGGAUACAAAUUGUAGGGAUGUAUUGGAUGAGUCUGACGAAAUUCUACAUGUGAGAUAUCAAUUAAUAUACACAGUUGGCGAUCAAUUAUCUCUUGACGCAGCUUCUUUACGUUGGACAAUACCACAACGAAUUUUCAGACUCAUUAAGAAGCAUGCCAAAACCUUUUCUUGUCAAUUUGAACGAGAAUCAGAAUUUCAUGAAAUUCCAAGUUUGUAUCAAUCAGAAUUCCCUUAUUUCAGAUUGUUCGAUCGAAAUGUUUUUUCGGAAGAAUUUGUUCCAAUGUUAGUGCAAGACAUUUUGGACGGGAAAGCGAUGGAUAUCAACAUUCCUUACAAACCAGAACAUCGAACACUAUUGGAAAGGUUCAUGAUUCAGGAGGAAGUUUCUCAAAAGGAAAUGGACCAAGUUCGAUCCCUCUACGAAGAUACGAUCACAUGGUACGAAUUAUUGAUCAUGAGAGGCCUUUUCUCCUAUCAAACUCUAUUUCAUUCACUCAACAAAAGAUGGAGAGUGAAUUAUGGAGUACGAGAAAAUUCCACCAAAUUAAUGGCUGUUCCGUUCAGGGCCAAAGAUGUUGCAUCUGAACGAGCAGAGUUUGGACAUCCUGAUGUUGCAAUUUUACUCACUUUGUUAAGCUGUUAUUAUUCUGGAUUAUCACAUUCUCAGCUUGAUACUGUUUUUAAAUCAUUGGAUUGUAUGCAAAAUCCAGAUAUUGAAUACCAGAAAUGGUUAAAUGAAAUACCAAACAAGGAACAAAUCUCAUCUUCAUUGGAAUCUUAUCACUCCAUCAAUCUUUCAGACUACCAACUUAAAUAUCAAAAACUUUAUCCAAUGUUAUCCAAGAACAUGUCAACCAUUGAUUUUUACUUGAAUCGUGUCGUUUUUGCCAGAGAAUGCAAACAGUUUAAACACAAACUAUCAAUAUUACAACAAAUUUGUGAAUGCAAUCCACCGAUUCGAGUGUUAUUAGAUGUUGGAGCUCUCAUGUUGGAUAUGAAUAAUCAGCAAGUUGCAUCUGAAUGGUUGAGUCAAAUUCCUCAAGACAAGGGAGUUGAUGCAUCUGUCUUUUUUAACGAUGAAGAUCGAAUUAUGGUGCUGGAUCGAAAUGGUAUCAUUACUCCACUCGAGUUUUCACCAUACAAAAACUCUUUGAAUAAGUGUGUAUGUUAUUUAGACGAUAUUCACACCAGAGGCACCGAUCUAAAGUUUCCUCAUAACGCCAAGGCCGCUGUAACAUUAGGACAUGGUGUGACAUUUGAACGACUCUCUCAGACAUGCAUGAGAAUGAGAUUAUUUGGAAAAGGCCAAAGUGUUGCAUUUUGGGCAUCGGCAGAAGUUGACACAAACCUUCAUUCAUCGGAAUAUGAACGAUGUGAAAAUAUUCAAGAAAAAAUCGUCAGGUGGUCCAUUUCAAAUAGAAUUAAUAUGGAACAAGAACACUAUUUGCAAUGGGCAACUAAUGGCUUGUUAUUCUCUAUUAAGCAAUCAGCAAAGUUAAGAAUGAAAGAAAAUGAAUCUAUAUUAAGCAUUCAAAAGAAUAAUAAUGAUUCAACAUGUUCAUUGAAAGAAUAUAUUGAGAGAUGCAAAGAAGAUGAAAUUACUGAAUUACAACAUUUUUAUGGUAAUGAAAGAAAACUUCGAACUAUUGCAGAAAUAUUUGAUAAAAGAUUUGUGACUAUGAAGAAAGACUACGAUGAACAGUAUCCAGAAUUUUCAGAAACUGUUUCCAAAAUUAAUAGCAGUAUACAAUCUCGUGCAAAUGACGCAAAAGUGUUUUCUCAAGUCUUAAAUGAAGAACAAGAACGAGAGUUGGAACAUGAAUUGGAAUUAGAAAAACGAGUCGAACGACCUCCACCAAAAACUCCUGCCAAGUCCAUUCUGACACGUGAUGUGGAGAACUUUAUGCAAACUGGAAUAAUGUCACACUUCUCCUCUAAUCUGAACUUUAAUUCAAUUGUUCGCAGUAACUUUUAUACCUUUGGACAGUCCAUUGUCUCACUUGGACAGGCAUUUAAAAUAACAACUUUGUCCGAGACUUGCCUCAAAUCGUGUUGGAAUCCUGCCUUACAUGUAACGCAAGAAUUUAUUGAAGUUGUACGCGAAGAAUCAUUGCUAAAACUAACACAUGAGGAAUUCAUGACACCACUUACUUGGAUUGCUUGCUCCAAAAUCUCAAACGUUGCAUUGAUAUUGAGCCCAUUUGAAGCCAAUUACUUCAUUCAAAGAAUCACAUCGAACUCUCCUGUGCGCUUGUACAUGUUUUGCUCAAGAAUGAGACCUAAAAGUAGCAUUCUUUAUGACGAGAACGUCAUGUGUACUCCAUGUACUCCUUUGAGCAAUUCAGAACGUGAAUUUUCUCAAUCUCUAUUAACUGAUUUGCAUGUGUUUUCUGGUUCGCUUUAUUUCGGCAACUUGAAAGAGCAAGAAGAAUUGUGUGAUUUUAUAGGAAUUCGGCCAAAACCCUAUAACACUUCUCUUGAGAAGGAAGCAUUUGAGAAGGGUGGGAUUAAUGAAUUUGGACAUGUUUCUCGUAAAAGCAAGUAUUUUAAGAAACAUCUGGCCUCAAAAUGUAGAUUCUUGACACACCAUCCUGUGGAAGAAUUUAGAAAAUUAUUGAUCAUUAGAGACAAGGCUUCACUUUUUGAAAUUUCUCAUAUGGCUAACAUCUUGGUGAAGAAUCAAAAGAUACCAGAUCUCCUUUAG